GAAAUUCGACCAGACUCGAACGCGCGUAUGUUUUGACAUCGCGAGGUUCACGUGGUUUUGUUUUGGGUCGAUGUCAGCAAGAGCACCUUUGUUACAGGCCUUUCGACUCUGAGGAGGACUUCUUCUGCGCGGAGCUUUUGUGGAGCGAUGAGUACUGAUGAUGACGGCUACCUCGAGCCAGCGGAGAAACCCCUCGACCAAGCACAGCUGGUAGCUAUGAUUGAGCUGCAGUUGUCGGAGGUAGACAUGCUUCAGUCGAUGUUCCCUGGACCACGAGAAUUUGUACUGCACGAUCCCUCCGUUCUGGUGGACCUGCGGGACUUUGCCGAGGGCCGGACGUUACUUUUGCCGCCUCGCAUAGAUUUGGUCAUCAAUUUAGACGUUGGGAAGGGUCAGUUAAAUGUAAGCAUCACCUUGCCUCAUGAAUACCCUGCAGUCUUGCCAGAGAUUUUUGUGCGGUCGCAAACCCUUAAUCGAGAGGCUCAGCACCGUCUAAAUCAAGAACUUUUGGGGUAUAUUAAAUCUCUAGAAAAAUGUGAUUUAGCAAUAGGUCCAGCUGUAACUUGGCUGCAGGAAAAAGGGGAGACCUUCUUCUCAGACAACAUUGAGGAAGAGGCACCACUGAACACAGAGACAGAAUCUGAGGGAAAGGACACCAAAUUUGCAAGAUUAUGGAUAUAUUCCCAUCAUAUAUAUAGCAAGGUAAAACGCAAGGAUAUUUUGGAUUUAUCAAGAGAGUUUGACUUGUCGGGCUUCUGCUUACCUGGGAAACCCGGAAUCAUAUGUGUAGAAGGAAUGUCACGCAACACAGAUGAUUGGUGGCAGAAGGUUAGGUCAUGGAACUGGCAGAAGAUUCUUGUUAAAAGCCGAGAAAUCGUUGAUGUCACUAAGGGUCAAGACAUUGAUAAACUACGAAGAUUUCCAACAUUUGAAGAGCUUGGCUCCGAGAAUAACAUCCGGGUCAAGAAUGGAGGGUUUCAUGUUGACAUGGGAGAUGUAUUUAGGUACUUAGAAAACCAUGAAUCGGGAUAUGUUUUCAAAGAAUAUUUUGGUGUCAGUGGGAGGCCAACUUGACGCACUUUGAAUGAAGAUAGUAAUUAUUAGGUCCUGCCAUACUUGUGUAAAAAGUUGGGAGCAUUAAGAAAAUUCUUAUUUGGAUUGAAUGAUCGUUAUGUAGAUAAAUACUUUGAAUGUUUAUGAUUUAGUAACGGGAAGACUAUAUUUUAUAUGUUAUUUAUAAAUCUUUUGCGGAUUUGAAAUUAUUUUUGGUAUUGAUUUUACCUUUCAUAUAAAAUGGAAAUCGUUAUGAAUUCUGUAUAGUAUCUCUUUGCAGUGUUAAUAAAGAUCCGAAAAGGGAAGUCGUUUCACCCCUGAUAAUCAGAAAACUAAAAUUAAAAUACAAAGUAAAGAGGAAUGGUCAUAGUAUAGUGUAGGUUGUGAUUGGCUGUACCAGAUAGGCGAAGACGGUAAUAUUAAUAACACUUUUAUGCAACAUCUCUGAAGUAUCUGUAGUGAUGCAGCCUUUAUAAAAGAGGAUGAUGAUACCAUGACAGCAGUGUGUAUUUUUGUCGUCGUGUGUUCUGAGGGUGUCGUAUUCGAGCAAAAUGGAAUAAAAGACAGAGUACUUGAAUUCAGAUUUAAAAUGCAUUUAAUGUUAAGUCUACAUUGGACUGGGUUACUCGGCAUUUUUUGAUUGCAGCUGAAAUAAUUUUACUAGGUUUGUUCUGAGAUACAAGUUGUACCGACUAUUAUUUUUUAUCAGUAAAUUGCUUUUCAUAAGUAACAUUCUCCUAAUUGACAGAAGGGAAUCAAUUUUGUAAAUCUGGUAUAAUGGUUCCUCCGAAGUUGAGAGGACAAAGUAUUUUAUUAUUUACUUGAUUAAUGUUUAUUCAUGGAGAAAUGUACAGGUUAAGGGACAGUUUUUGGGUCUUCUUCCAGUCUUUUUCUAGAACCAUAUUUUUAUAUCUAGCUUAUCGCUGGCGUGAAUUUCACUAGAUAUGCUUUAAUUUAAAAAAGUAUGUGUUGUAAGAUGACUUUUUGCACAAUAAAGUCUAAAGAUCAAGAAAA